AUGAUCAAAAACGGUCACCACGCCACCGACGACCAGCGGGAUGACGCCGGCUGCAGUAAACCGGGUGGCUCAGUGUGCAGCCCGGCGAAGAGGAAGCGCGUCGUCCGGUUGUGGUGUGACGGCUGUUAUGACAUGGUGCACUAUGGUCACUCCAACCAGCUACGACAGGCCAAAGCCAUGGGAGAUUACCUCAUAGCUGGAGUACAUACAGAUGCGGAGAUUUCCAAGCACAAGGGUCCUCCAGUCUUCACUCAGGAAGAACGCUACAAGAUGGUGCGAGCAAUCAAGUGGGUGGAUGAGAUAGUAGAAGGAGCACCUUAUGUCACCACCCUGGAGACUCUGGACAAGUACAACUGUGACUUCUGCGUCCAUGGUGAUGACAUCACACUAACGGUAGACGGCAAAGACACAUAUGAAGAGGUGAAGCGCGCAGGCCGUUACCGGGAAUGUAGACGCACACAGGGUGUCUCCACCACUGACCUGGUGGGACGUAUGCUUCUCAUGACCAAAGCCCAUCACAGCAACAUGGAUAACCCAGAUUACCAGCAGCAUACAGACAAUUUUGGAAAGGGUCCUAAAGGCCACAGUCCAUGGACGGGAGUGUCUCAGUUCCUCCAGACGUCCCAGAAGAUCAUCCAGUUCGCCUCAGGAAAGGAGCCGCAGCCUGGAGACACCAUCAUCUAUGUGGCUGGAGCAUUUGACCUCUUCCACAUCGGCCAUGUUGACUUCCUAGAGAUGGUCUAUAAGCAGGCAGAUAGGCCCUAUGUCAUCGUAGGUCUGCACUUCGAUCAGGAAGUGAAUCGGUACAAGGGGAAGAACUAUCCAAUCAUGAACAUCCACGAGAGAACGCUGAGUGUCUUGGCCUGUCGAUAUGUGUCAGAGGUGGUGAUUGGAGCACCCUAUGCAGUGGGCAAAGACCUGCUAGAUCACUUUAAGGUGGAUCUGGUGUGUCAUGGCAAGACAGAGGUGUUUCCAGACAAGGAUGAGUCCGAUCCCUACGCCGAGCCUAAGAAAAGGGGGAUAUUCAGGACCAUCGAUAGUGGGAACAAUCUCACCACAGAUGACAUCGUCCAGAGGAUCAUUGAAAACAGGCUGCAGUUUGAAGCCAGGAACCAGAAGAAGGAGGCCAAGGAGAUGGCGGUGAUCGAGGCGAUGAAGAAAAGAGAGCAGCAGGAGCAGAAUGAAGCUGAAGCCCAGACUGCUCACUAGUGAGACCUCAGACCUGGGUCCAACUGGUUCCGUGUCUGAUUUACUCUUGGUACACUCAACCGUAAGAGGGUGGACUAAGGUGACCCAGACAGAUGGUCCAUGUUGUUCUAAACUUGGCCUGGCUAUGGGUGAAAAUAAUCCGGGGGCCAGUCCACUGGGUGCAGACUCCUGCUUUUCACAUUAGGUGAGGCAGUGUGUCCUGCACACUGCUGGGUUAGCUUCUCUGUUUUCUUGUAUACAGACUACGCCAGCCUAAAUGGGAUUAGAUUAGAUCUGCCUUGACAGGACACAAAGAAUCCAAACAUUUAACACAUACUGUGAUUUUUUUUUUUUUUUAAAACGGCAAAAUCCCUUUACACUUCUUAGUCCUCCACAGAGAAAUUUGUGAUUUUUAUCUUCUGUCAUGUAGUAUGUUGUAUCCAUGAAUUCACACACUAUCUGUCCCUGUAUAGAUGUUAAAGUGUUAUGUUAAGUAUGUAAUUAUCCAUAAAUUAUUGACAAAAUUUUAAUGUCAUUUUCAACUUUGUUUUUAGAUUUUUUUAAACCAAAUUAGUUUUUAAUGAUCAGUCUUAGGAGUGUCAUCAGUCAGGUUGAAUAUGUUUAAUACACUUAGAAAAUGUAGAUUUAUUUUAAUUUCUGUGUUUUUGUUGAACCUAAAAAAAACAUAAUUUCUACGUUAAAUGAUCUGUGAAGUAGUCUUCUAAUGUUAACUACCUGAAUUCGAACCGAGUGUGAGUGUGAGUUGAGUUGAGUUUAGGUGAGUGAGUGAGAAAGACAGAGAGAGAGAGAGAGAGUUGAGCGAGAUUAGUGAGUUAGUGUUUGCGCUGUAAAUGACAGUAGUGCCUCAUUCCUAAAGCUACGACUAAUCUGAGGGCUGUGAAUCGUAUCAAAAAGUCUGAACUACUGAAGUGUCCCUACAACUGUGGGUAAAGUUGUUGAGUCCUACUUUCUCCAGUCUACGUUCAAGAGAUGUGUUUGAGAAAAAUAGAAUGUCCUCUACUCCUUUUUUUUUUACGAGACAAUCCAUGAAUUUAAAGACUUGGGACCCAGUUUCACUGUCAAACUGUUAAAGGUUACUGUCUGUUGCUUUUCCUGUCAUUAUAUGGGGCAUAUUACUUGGAAGUGAAUUGUUAAUGGUGCGAGACAGCGUGUUUUUAAAUUGUGUCUGUUGGUUGGAAGGUGGGAUGGUGGCAGCCUGAAAAAUAAAUAAGUUUCUGAAUAUUAUACAGUGGAAAUUUUCACAAUCUUUCAAUUAUUAUGUUGCAAUGUGUAAAUUUCCCUUUAUUAAAUAAACCGGUAAUAUGGCAAAGUA